GAUCAGGACUGUGAAAUGGGGGAGAUCGUUGUUUCCAUCAUAGCAAAGAUUGCAGAAUAUACAGUGGGUCCAAUUUUACACCAUGCUCGAUACUUGUGUUGUUUCAACAACUUUGCUGGGAAUCUUCCAAAUGCAAAAGAAGAUUUGGAAUUGACUCGAGACAGUGUAAAGAAACGAGUAAGAGAAGCCACUAACAGGACUGAAAAAAUCGAACCAGCAGUUGAGAAGUGGCUGAAAGAUGUUGAGAAAGUCUUACAAGAAGUGCAGACACUAGAAGGAAGGAUUUUGGAAGUACGCAAAAGUAUUUUCCGAAGUCAAUGCCAAUAUUUCCUUGCAAAAGAAAUCGCAAGAAAAAUAGAAAAAAUGACUCAGCUCAAUCGUGAUAGCAAGUUUGACCCAUUUUCUAGCAAGACUGAACUUCCAGGCAUGAAAUAUCAUUCUUUCGAAGAUUUUGUUCCUUUCAAAUCUACAGAAUCGACUUAUAAUGAGAUUUUGGAAGAGUUAAGUGAUAAAAGUUUUAUUAUGAUUGGACUACAUGGAAUGGGAGGGUCGGGAAAAACAACUUUGGUGAAAGAGGUGGGUAAGAAAGUUGAGGAGUUAAAACUUUUUGAGAAGGUUGUGAUGGCAGUGGUCUCUCAAACUCCAAAUAUUAGAAGCAUCCAAGAGCAAAUUGCUGAUAAGUUGGGUUUGAAAUUUGAGGAAAAUUCAGAGGAAGGUAGAGCACAAAGACUUUCAAAAAGAUUAAGUGAAGGCAAAACUCUUCUAAUCUUGGAUGAUGUAUGGGAAAAGUUAAAUUUUGAAGCUAUAGGUAUUCCAUUCAAUGAAAACAACAAGGGUUGUGGAGUACUUCUAACAACUCGAAGCAGAGAAGUAUGUACUUCUAUGCAAUGCCAAAGUAUAAUUGAGCUCCAUCUCUUAACUGACGAGGAAGCCUGGGAUUUGUUCCAAUUUUAUGCCAAAAUAACUGAUGACUCCUCAGCUGCUUUAAAAGGUGUGGCAACAAAAAUUGUUAAUCAAUGUAAGGGAUUGCCUAUUGCUAUUGUGACAUUAGGAAGCACACUAAGGGGGAAAACUUUAGAAGAGUGGGAGUUGGCAUUGUUAAGACUGGAAGAUUCUAAACCAUUGGAUAUUCCAAAAGGCUUAACAAGUCCUCAUGUUUGUCUUAGAUCAAGUUAUGAUAAUUUGACAAAUCAAUUAGCGAAAUCCUUAUUAUUGUUGUGUUCUAUAUUUCCAGAGGAUCACGAAAUUGAUUUGGAAGAUUUAUUUCGAUUUGGAAGAGGAUGGGGCCUAAUUGGGACUUUUGGAACUUUGGAGAAAUCAAGAAAGGAGAUGCAUGUAGCUAUUAAUAUCCUCAGGGAUUCUUGUUUGUUGUUGCAUACCAAAAUUAAAGAAAAGGUGAAAAUGCAUGACCUGGUUCGUGAUGUAGCCUUGUGGAUAGCAUCUGAAAGCGAUCGAGAAAUUUUGGCAGGUGCUGCAAUGGAUCCAACAAUCUUGGUACAGGGUGGUAACAUAAAAGAUAAGAAAGCAAUAUCCUUAUGGAAUUGGCGAAAUGGUCAGCUUCCUGAUGAUCAAUUGAAUUGUCCCAGACUUGAAAUUCUCUUGCUUCAUUCUCUAUAUGAUGGCUUUGAAGUAUCAAAUGCGUGUCUUGAAAGGUUGAAAAUGCUCAAAAUCCUAGCAUUCUUAGGAUCUGGUUACGAGUGGAUUGCAGAUUAUGCUGAAAGAAGUAAAACUUUGUUACUGCCACAGUCAUUUGAGUCAUUAAAAAAUCUUCAUACUCUGUGCUUGAGAGGUUAUAAAUUAGGUGACAUCUCCAUUUUGGAAAGCCUACAAGCACUUGAGAUUCUUGACUUGCGUUGGUCUUCUUUUGAAGAAUUGCCUAAUGGAAUUGUAGCAUUAAAGAAUUUGAAGCUUUUAGAUUUGUUCUGCUGUAAGAUUGAGAAAGAUAAUGCUUACGAGGUUAUUGGGGAAUGUUUGCAGCUAGAGGAAUUGUAUUUGUAUUUACUCCAAUCUAAAAAGAACUUUCCACAAAAUGCCAUAUUCUCAAGAUUGCGAAGGUAUGUUAUAAUACAAUUUACUAAAGAAUCUGAUCGAUACUUCUUCUUCUUCCAGUGGUCUUACUUUUUUAGAAAACAGAGACCAUCAAGAGUUUUAUGCAUAGAAGGUUUUAAUGCCUCAGUUCAAAGUUUUAUAUCAUUACCAAUCAAGGAUUUCUUUCAAAAAGCAGAGUACCUUGAAUUGAGGCACCUUAAGGGAGGUUACAAAAAUGUAAUCCCAUCCAUGGAUCCACAAGGCAUGAAUCACUUGAUUUUCCUAAUCCUCGAAUAUUGUCCAGAGAUAAAAUGCGUCUUUGAUGGUACCACAAUGCAAACUGAAGAUGCGUUCUCCAGCCUAGUCAUUUUACGCUUGUAUGAAUUGGAUAACCUUGAAGAAGUGUUUCAUGACCCCUCUUCCAGAUGCUCUCUCAAAAGUUUAGAAGAGCUAACCCUAGAGAGUUGUAGACAAUUGUACAAUAUUUCCUUUCCCAAGAACUCAAAGCUAUGCCAUCUCAAGUCCUUGAGAAUAUAUAAUUGCCCGAUGCUAACUUGUAUCUUCUACCCAUCCAUUGUCCAAACUCUAGAGCUGCUAGAAGAAGUGAGAAUAUCUGAAUGCUAUGAAUUGAAGCAGAUGAUAGAAGAAGUGGAAGAAGGGAGUGUUGAUUAUGUUAGCAGUCAAAGUCAUACCUCUUUGAUGCUCCCAAAAUUAAGGACACUUACUAUUCAUGGAUGUCGCAGCUUGAAAUAUAUAUUCCCUAUGUGUUAUGCUCAUGGGCUAGCAAGUUUGGAAAAACUUGACAUUGGAUUUUGUGAUAAGUUGAAGUAUGUAUUUGGCAGUGAAAAGGAACAUGAUCUUAGAGUGUACCAGCACCAGAGUCAUCCUCAGACUAAUAUUCACAUCAAUUUGGGAGCUCUAUGGUUGAAUGACUUGCCGAAUUUGGUUGAGAUUUGGCCUAAAUAUUUUGAUCCACAUUUACCAAAUUUGAAAGAGCUACGAUGCUAUUAUUGUCCAAGACUGCCUGACUCUUGGGUGCGUAGGGUGAUGAUUAUUGAUUCAGAUCUGCAACAAGACUCAACUGCAACGGAGAAGGAAUUACUAUGCUCGGUUACCACCACAUUCAACCAAUUAUCCGAUCAAGUGCUUUCUUCUAAACUUACACAUCUUCAAUUGCAUGGUCUUGGAGUAAAAGGUCUUUUCCAAUUCCAAAUCAGAGAACAUGGGAGCAACAGAGAACUUGCUCCUUUAAACUUGGAUCUAAUUUAUGCUGAAUUGAGUGAUCUACCUGAGCUCGAGUUCAUAUGGAAGGGCCCCACAAAUUUUCUAAGCCUCCAUAUGCUUAAGUGGAUUUUUGUGCUUGAAUGUCCAAAAUUGAAAACCAUCUUCUCCCCUACCAUUGUUAGAAGCUUACCAAUGCUGAGAUCACUGCAUAUAAUUGAUUGUGAGAAAUUGGAACAAAUAUUUGAUUCAGGUGAUGCACAAAGCCUAUAUACUUGUUCACAACAAGUGUGCUUCCCAAAUCUCGAGGAUAUUUGUGUCAAAAAGUGCAACAAGUUGAAAUACCUUUUUCAUAAUUUUGUGGCUGGUCACUUUCACAAUCUGACCUUGUUGGAGAUAGCAGACUGCUCUGAGUUACAGAAGGUUUUUGCUUUUGAAUGUGAAACUGAUGACGAUGGUCAAGAAGGGAUUGUUAAGGGUGGAGAAAAUGUACUACUACAUAACCUGCGAACUAUAACACUCUGCAGUUUGCCAAACUUUAAAGAGAUUCACCAUGGAUUCAAGUUAAAAGAUGAUGUUACGCGACAUGACAUAAAUGAUUGUCCUAAAUAUUCUCCAAGUUUAUAUCUAUACUGACUAUACACAGUAGAGAAGAGUAAAGAAUGAGCAUCAAGCAAGGCGUAAGAGUGUAUGAGUAUGCGGAAGAGAAAGAUGAAGACUAAAGACUCCAUUCUGCUGCCUUACUCACUUUGUGUUCUUUACUCCAUUGUGAUGACUUAAUUUGUACUUUUUAAAUUAACUUCAUUGGAGGAUUAAUUCCAUGCUUGCUUUUUAUUCUUUAUUUUAUUAUUUGGUGAGCUUCUUUCUAGACUUGUUUUAGUUUUUAGAGUUGGAUUUCACUGGUAGUUUGUUA